GGAGGCUGUGCGUUCCUAUAGGCUGGGAGCGCGUCUGAAAAGCUCCGUGGCAAAGGGAGAUUUUAAUUGGUUUGAGGUCCCAGUGCAUGUAAAUGAGGGUGAGGGGGCUCCUCCCAUGCACCUGAUGGGGGAGUAUUUACAGCUCUUUACAGCUUACUCACUGCACUGUUUUCAAGAGCGCCGCGCUGCACCAUGACACUGCACUGGACUUAAGCAAUAAGGAUUUCCGUGCGCACACACUCACACUGACGUUCACCGCUGCAUCUGCCGAAGAGAAAACACACUUUUGCCAAAGUUGUCCACUUGUUUUCCAAGAUGCCACGAUCCUUCCUGGUCAAGAAGCACAUAAACUCCGCCAAGAAGCCAAACUAUAGUGAGUUGGAAAGCCCAACAGUUUUCCUCACACCGCACAUCUACAAGGGCCUUCCUCUGCCUGUCAUCCCCCAGCCGGAGAUCCUGAGCCCGGCAGCCUACAGCCCCAUCACAGUAUGGACUACCAGCAGCCUACCGCUGUCUCCGCUCCCCAGUGACCUGUCCCCCAUCUCUGGAUACCCCUCGUCCCUGUCCGACAGCUCCUCAUCCAAGGACCACAGCGGCUCCGAGAGCCCCAGGAGUGAUGAGGACGAGCAGAUGCUCCCCAAACUGACGGACCCUCACGGUGUUGAGGCAGAGAAGUUCCAGUGUGGUCUGUGCGCCAAGUCCUACUCCACGUACUCUGGACUGCUCAAGCACAAACAGCUGCACUGCGACGCGCAAACGAGGAAAUCCUUUAGCUGUAAAUACUGCGAGAAGGAGUACGUGAGCCUCGGGGCUCUCAAAAUGCACAUCAGGACUCACACCUUGCCUUGUGUUUGCAAAAUAUGUGGAAAAGCCUUCUCCAGACCCUGGCUGCUCCAAGGACACAUCAGGACGCACACUGGGGAAAAGCCUUUCUCCUGCCCUCACUGCAACAGGGCGUUCGCCGACAGGUCUAAUCUCAGGGCUCACCUACAGACCCAUUCAGAUGUGAAGAAAUACCAGUGCAAGAACUGCUCCAAAACUUUCUCCAGGAUGUCUCUUCUACACAAGCAUGAGGAAUCUGGUUGUUGUGUAGCACAUUGAACUGGGAUUCUUUUUUCCACCAGCGGGAAAAAAAAAAAAAAAAACGAAGAAACUGUAGCAGUUGCUUAUUCUUCUUCAGUUGUCAAGUGGUGGAGAACUGUGAGGAAACCUCAAAGACAGACUUUAAAAAAACAGAAAUUCCUACAACUGGUCAAUUUCAUGGAAACACCUCUGUGCUUGUUUCUCUGAUUGCAAUCAGGGCUGACCCCUUUGUCGACACUUGUACUCACCUACCUGUGCUACCCAUGCACUAUUAUAUAUUGUCAAUGUUAUUUUCCAGCCUUUUCCAGUGUCUCUACGCUCCUCUUAUACAAAUCACAACAAGUAUACCAAAGAGUGCCUUUUUUUAAAUGGUAGUACAAAUACAGCCAGAGGAAUACUUAAGCCAUUCUGUAGUGAGGGAGGAAGUGCAAACUUGUUUUUUAGGGAGAAAUGAAUAUAACUUUUGCACAGUCUUUAGAAGCAGGUUUGCAUCACUACGAACAGCAAUACCAUUUUUUUUAUCUCAAGUGCCUCAUUUAUUCAGCAAUAACAUGUAUUUUUCAACAACAGUUCCAUUUUUAUAUUUUUGUAUACUGAAUGUAAGCGUGACUGGGACGAUUGUAUAUUAACAGUGGAAACUGUGAUGCCGAAUGAUUUUGAUAUUUUCAUAUUUUUUAAUGACACUUUUUGAAAAAUAAAGUUUCAUGACAUUUUGUAAAAAAAAAAAAAAA